CAGAGGAAGGGAAGCAUGGCGCGGGCUCCUCCUGGGCGCCGCCGCCCGUGGCCACUCCUCCUCGCGCUGCUCCUCCACGCGCUGCCGGGGCUGCUGUGGGGCCACCCGCAGUGCCUGGACUUCAAGCCGCCCUUCAAGCCGCCGCGCCCGCUCCACUUCUGCGUGCAGUACUCGGACUUCGGCUGCUGCGACGCCGAGCGCGACGCCGCCCUGCUGGAGCGCUAUUACCGAGUGGCCGAGAACUUCGACCAGGCCGCCUACGCCGCCUGCGCCAGCCACCUGCAGAACCUCUUGUGCCAGGAAUGCUCCCCCUAUGCUGCUCACCUAUAUGAUGCUGAAGACCCUUCCACUCCAGAGAGAACUGUGCCAGGACUAUGCAAAGAUUACUGCGUACAAGUGUGGCAAACCUGCAGGGCCAUGUUCCGUUACAUUACCCCGGAUGAAGAGUUGCUGUCCCUGGAAGGCAACAUGGCAAAGUUCUGUCGUUAUUUGUCCCUCGACGACACCGACUACUGCUUCCCCCACCUCUUGGUCAAUAGCAAUCUCAAUCAAAACCUUGGGCUAGUGGUUGCUGAUCCAGAAGGAUGUCUACAGCUGUGCCUAGCUGAGGUCGCCAACGGGCUUAGGAAUCCAGUGGCCAUGGUGCAUGCAAACGACGGAACGCACAGGUUCUUCAUUGCUGAGCAAGUUGGCUUAGUCUGGACCUACCUCCCAGAUCGGUCACGGCUUGAAAAACCAUUUCUGAACAUCAGUGAAGCUGUACUGACCUCACCUUGGGAAGGAGAUGAGAGAGGUUUUCUAGGUAUAGUCUUCCAUCCUAAAUUCAAAUUUAAUGGUAAAGUGUAUGUCUACUAUUCAAUUGAAGUGCAGUAUGAAGAGAGAAUCCGAAUCAGUGAGUUCAGAAUUUCUCCUGAUGACAUGAACUCUGUGGACCAUGGUUCUGAAAGGGUAAUUCUCGAGAUAGAUGAACCAGCUUCCAAUCAUAAUGGAGGCGAGUUGUUGUUUGGAGAUGAUGGUUAUCUUUACAUCUUCACUGGAGAUGGGGGAAUGGCCGGUGAUCCUUUCGGGUCGUUUGGAAAUUCUCAAAACAAGUCAACGCUCUUAGGCAAAGUCCUCCGGAUCAAUGUGGACAACAACGACCAUGGGCCUCUUUAUAGAAUCCCUCCGGACAAUCCUUUCAUUAACGAGCCGAAAGCCCGGCCAGAAGUCUACGCUUAUGGGGCGAGGAAUAUGUGGCGCUGCUCUUUCGACAGAGGUGACCCCUACACAAAGGAAGGGAAAGGCCGGCUUUUCUGUGGCGACGUGGGGCAGAAUAAAUUCGAAGAAAUCGACAUAGUAGAGAAAGGGAAAAAUUACGGCUGGAGAGCAAGAGAAGGGUUUAGCUGCUACGACAAAAAGCUUUGCACCAAUUCCUCAUUAGAUGAUGUUCUGCCCAUAUAUGCUUAUCCACACAAAAUGGGGAAGUCGGUGACAGGAGGCUAUGUCUAUCGGGGUUGUGAGUCUCCAAACUUGAAUGGGGUGUACAUAUUUGGAGAUUUUAUGAGCGGGCGCCUCAUGUCCUUGAGAGAGAAUCGAGCAACUGGGGAUUGGCAGUACAAUGAAAUAUGCAUGGGAACAGGUCAAACCUGCAUGUUUCCUGGACUUAUCAAUAACUACUAUCAGUAUAUCAUCUCUUUUGCUGAAGACGAGGCCGGAGAACUUUAUUUCAUGUCAACCGGAGUCCCGAGUGCCACCGCUCCCAAUGGUGUAGUUUACAAAAUGGUUGAUACGUCACGGAGAGCGCCGCCUGGGAAAUGCCGCAUUGAGCCUCUACCGGUGAAAGUGAAAGGCAAGCUCACAAAGUUUGUUCCAAAGGAAAAGCUUAUAAUUAAAAAGCCAACACAGCGCCCUAAGCUAAGAGCCACUACCAGAGCUCCGACCAGAAGUAGAGCAACGGCAGGACCUCCUCAAGCGACAACUCCAGAUUGGCUGGAGCAACUGUUGACCCUCAUGAGAAACCAAAACAGGGUGCAGAUGACGACGGCAGCACCGAGAACAAGAGCCCCAAAGCCCAGGAAGGGAGGAAGGGCCGGUGCAAGAAGAGGCCAGAGGAGGAGAAAGAAACCCACCAGUGCUCCCCUGGAGCCACGGAAUGGUGCAGUCCGGAUAAUGAACGGCAACGCGAAGGGGAAAGAUCGGGGGAGGGUUGAGAUUUUUAUCAAUGGAGAAUGGGGCACCGUGUGCGACGACUUGUGGACCUCGAAGGCAGCCGCGGUCGUGUGCCGCCAGUUGGGCUUUGCAUUUGUGAUCAGGGCAACCAAGAAAGCGGCGUUCGGGGAGGGGCACUCGCUUCCCAUUCUCCUUGAUGACGUCCAGUGCACAGGGCGUGAGAAGACGCUCCUGGAAUGCUCCCACGCAAACAUUGGGAGGCACAACUGCUCCCACAAAGAAGACGCGGGAGUCAUAUGUAGUCACGAAGACGUUUUUGAGACUGAACAGUAGGGAGAGUGGAAUCACGGGAUGGUACCAAGUCUUGUCCUGUCAAAUAAACAAGCAAACCCACGCCAUUAAUGAGUAAUUAACACACCUUGGUUUAGAAAUCCUAAUGGCUAGGUCCAGACUUGGGGCCCCAUCCACACUAGAUGUUUAAAUCAGUAUCGUAGCACUUUGGCCCAUCGUGGCUUCCUGCAUAGAAUCAUGGGGACUGAGUGCUGUUAGGAGACUUCUGUUCCUUACAGAGAGCUGCAUUUCCCAGAAUUCUCUGGGAACAGGGAUUGCCCCUGUUAAACCACUCUGCAAAAUGUAGCUCUGCGAGAUGAAUUGCUCUUGGCACCCUUAGCACAGAUGGCUCUGCAUCUCCUAAAAAAAAGGUCAACAAUUUUGGCUGCCUCUCCCUAACAAAAUUCUGACACCAUAUCCUUAUCUCUUUCAGACUAGUGUUUAUCAUGGGAUGGGUGUUUCUAAGGCAUGCAAGUUUCCCCCCACACAGUAUCAUUGGUCUGAAAAUGCCAGUCCACCUUUCCUCUGCAUUCAGUCUGGAUUACCCUUUUGGUGAAAAAUAUGAUAUUUUCGGUGGGGAGGGGGGGGAGAGAUAACGGAUGCCAGAAAACUGUGUGCACUACCUGAACCACAUGUUUACAGUAUUAAGCCCCCACCUGGAAGCAAUUCUCUCUGACUUCACCUAACAGAACACCAUAUUCCCUAGUUAUCAGUUUUCCAUUCACUCUCCGCUUACACAUGCAUAGAGUAGACUCAUUGAAGUCAAUGAGAUUUAAGUUAGGCAUCACCCAUUGAUUUCAACCGCUUAAUCAUGAAUAAAGUCUGGAUCUAGCCAAUUAUUUGUGUAUACCAGAUGUACAAAAAGCAGUACACUGUCUCUAAACUGACCACACCUGUGGUCAGUGAAAGCUGGACAUUUUACAAAUGGGAGUAAUAUAUAACUAGCCAGCAUUCGUUUCCGUUUUUGUUUU